AAUAAAUGGAGGAUAGCACAUUUAAUAAGCUCGUUGAAGUAAUAUAAUUCAAAAUAUUAGCAAGUUUAAUCAUAAUUGACUGAAUUGCACGAUAAUGUGGAAUAAUUCGAUCAAGAUCAUAAAGAUGUUAAUAAUUCUAGUAUUGGCCAAGACGUCAUUGAUUUGCAAGAUCAGAUUCAAAACCUACUUAAACAACUCCAAAACAACAUGCAAAGACUUGAUAAUAACACAGGACAUCUUUCGGGUCGUUAACAGAAGUAUCACUCGAUUUAAGCUAUUAAAGAAUGAAACAAAUAAAGUAAUUCUACAAAAAGGAAAUCGACAAAUUUACCUAAGUGUGCAAGCAAGUGGAACAAAAAUUGCAGAUGAAAAGAAAGACUAUAGCCAUGAACUCGUAAGCCAAGUGGAAUGACCCUAAACCAAAACCUGCUGAUGAAUUGUAAGAGUAAUUGAUGCAUGAUUAAUAUGAUGUUGAUAAUUAAAUGAUUAGAGAGAGAGAAGAAGAGAUUCAAAAAAUUGUAUCCAUCUUUAAAUUAAGUAGGAUCGUGAAGCCCAAAUGCUUAAUAAAUUAGUUGGAGAAUUGGCUUUAGAAGUCAACAAGGCAGACGAAGUUCUUGAUAUCAUUGAUGUAAACCAAGGGACUGCAUUGGUGAACAUAGUUGGAGCCAAUGUUGAACUAGACAAAGCCUAAGACUCUUAGAAGUCGACAACUAAGAAAUGGAUUGUUUUAGCUGUCUGUGCAAUCAUUCUUGUAGGAGUAUUAGUAACAAUUCUUGUUCUAAAAUUGAAUUGAUAUUAAUAACAAACA